AUGGGUGAACAAAAUCGGUACAAUGCAGCCAGUGUAAAUGAUGAAGAAGCAUAUUUGGACAGCGGGUUUUCACGAAGUGAUUGGAAUCCGAAAAUUACAGUUGGGCAAAUUUUUUCUAGUAAGAAAGCAUUGUUGACGGAGUUACGGUUGACGGUCCGAGCAUCGAGAAUUGGAGAAUACAGCUUCAUGAUUGUGAGGUGUACAACUGUCCAUGAAUGUGAUUUGAGGUUCGUAAGUGACAAGCAUCGUCAAGCAACCGCAGCACUUGUAGCCACUUCACUUAAAAGGAAGUUGAAGGAUUCUCGGACAAUAUACACACCAAGUGACAUUAUGAGAGAUGUGAAACACAACUUUGGUUGCACCAUCCAUUAUUCGAAAGCUUGGAAAGCAAGGGAGUUCGCUCUAUUGUCCAUUAGAGGAUCAGCGGAGGAGGCAUAUUAUAUCCUUCCAGCUUAUUGCUAUGAAUUGGAGCGUAUGAAUCCCGGCACAAAAACACACAUCCAAACUGAUGAGAACAAUCACUUUGUGUAUUUAUUUAUGGCGGUUGGCGCAUGUAUUAGAGGGUUCCGUUCUUCCAUGCGCCCAGUGAUAGCCGUGGAUGCCACUCAUUUAAAAUCCAAGUACAAGGGUGUUAUGUUCGUAGCAAAUGCAGUCGAUGGUAAUCGAAACAUAUAUCCUCUUGCUUUUGGGAUCGGGGAUUUGGAGACGGAUGCAUCAUGGCAUGGAUUUGGUGAAUGUCCCAAUCUUGUUAUUAUUUCUGAUCGCAAUGUUAGCAUAGAGAAUGUGUGGAACGAAAUUUUUCCAACUGCACAACAUGGCAUAUGCUUUUAUCAUAUGAAGGGGAACAUGAAACGCACUUGCAAGUUGAAAAAGCGUGAUCACAUACUUAUGCACUUUGAGCAGGCUGUGAAAUCUUAUUCCAUUGUUGAAUUUGAUUGUCAUUUUCGCAAGAUCAAGCGAAAGGAACAUGUUGCUCAAUAUCUUGAAGAGGCAGGGUUACAUAAGUGGUCUAGAGCUCACAUGGAUGGACGCCGCUACAAUGUAAUGACAACAAAUAUUGCGGAGUCAAUCAACUCAGUCCUUAGGUUUGCAAGGAUGCUGCCAGUGGUUCAUUUGAUAGGGGAAAUUGUUAAUCUCCUUGUGAAAUGGUUCACCGAACGUCGUGAGUUGGCUUUGAAUUGCACAACAACAUUGUGCCCCAAGUUUGGAGAGAAGAAGUUGAGGAACAGGUUGGAGGAUGCUGCAAGGAUGAAUGUGGUUAAAGUAAAUAAUGCACAGUUUAAUGUUUUGGACGGUGAUAUGGACGGCCUCGUAAAUUUGACGAACAACAGUUGUAGUUGUAGAAAGUUUCAGCUUGAGCAGCUACCUUGCAAGCAUGUAGUUGCAGUUUGCCGCUUCUUGAAAGUAAAUGUAUACGCAAAGGCUUCUCGGUAUUACACUCGGAAAACCUGGAUGGAUGCUUAUUCGGAUAGCAUCUACCCGGUACAACCUCACGGAAUGUGGGAUAUUCCUGAAGAUGUUCGAAGUCGAGUUGUGCUGCCUCCGAUGGCAAGGGUCAUGCCAGGCAGAUGA